CAACAACACUGGAAUAAUUCAGCUCCUAAAACCUUUGAGCCCCAUGUUUGCUAGGAAAAACUUGCGUUCUGCAAACAACUGAAAACACUGCCCUCGGAAACCAUUUCUUCGGCCCUCGUGGAGCAGCUGGCUGCUUGGCCAGUGAGGCCCUGGACGGGACAAACUCUGCCCGCCCAGUCAGCCAGCGCGGUGGUCGCCAUGGCCAGCAAGAGGAAGUCCACCACCCCAUGCAUGAUCCCGGUGAAGACGGUGGUGCUGCAGGAGGCCCAGCCUGCCGAGGCCUUGCCCGAGGGGCCGCAGCAGGAGCCAUCCCCCGACAUGCCCGCCAGUGGCAGCAGUGGAGAGGUGACCCAGAUGCCCAGCAGUACCAACGGUGCCGCACUGGCCAACGGGCACCGGAGCACUCUGGAUGGCUAUUCCUAUUCCUGCAGAUCCUGUGACUUCAGGUCCCAGGACAUAACCCAGUUUGUGGGACAUAUGAACUCAGAGCACACAGAUUUUAACAAGGACCCAACUUUUGUAUGCACUGAAUGCAGUUUUCUGGCAAAAACUCCUGAAGGGCUUUCUCUGCACAACGCCAAGUGUCACUCGGGGGAAGCCAGCUUUGUGUGGAAGGUGGCCAAGCCAGACCAUCGUGUAGUAGUGGAGCAGAGUGUCCCCAAGACCACCUGCACUCCUGACAUCUUGGGUGAGUCCAAUGCCGAAGGGACUGACGGACAGGCCGAGAUCAUCAUCACCAAAACCCCAAUCAUGAGGAUACUAAAAGGCAAACCUGAAGCCAAAAAAAUCCAUACGCUCAAGGAGAACAUCCCCAGUCAGCCUGUCGGUGAUGCGGCCUUACCAAACCCGGCGGCAGGGGAGACCGAGGCGAAGGAGGGGGACCACUCCUUUGUUGACGGGGCGGCCCCGGUUGGUCAGCCUGCCACUGGUUCGGCAAAAGGGCCUCACGUGGCCAACGGGCCCCCAAUAGGAGCCGUGCCGGUCCUGCCAGCGGGCCUCGCCCAGUUCCUCCCCCUGCAGCAGCCGCCCCCGGGGCGCGCCCAGCACCACCCCCAGCCACCGCCCACAGCCAAGUCUCUCCCCAAAGUGAUGAUCCCCCUGAGCAGCAUCCCCACCUACAACGCGGCCAUGGACUCCAACAGCUUUCUGAAGAACUCGUUCCACAAGUUCCCCUACCCGACCAAAGCCGAGCUCUGCUAUCUGACCGUGGUCACCAAGUAUCCAGAGGAGCAGCUCAAGAUCUGGUUCACGGCCCAAAGGCUGAAGCAGGGCAUCAGCUGGUCCCCUGAGGAGAUCGAGGACGCCCGGAAGAAGAUGUUCAACACGGUCAUUCAGUCUGUGCCCCAGCCCACCAUCACGGUCCUCAACACACCCCUGGUUGCCAGCGCUGGCGGCGUCCAGCACCUCAUCCAGGCCGCCCUCCCGGGCCACGUGGUGGGGCAGCCAGAGGGCACGGCGGGCGGCCUGCUGGUCACUCAGCCGCUGAUGGCCAACGGGCUGCAGGCGCCCGGCGCGUCCUUGCCACCAGCAGUCACCUCCGUCCCCAAGCCGCCCGCCGUGGCGCCCAUCAACACAGUGUGCUCCAACACCACGUCAGCCGUGAAGGUGGUGAACGCGGCGCAGUCGCUGCUCACGGCGUGCCCCAGCAUCACCUCCCAAGCCUUCCUCGACGCCAGCAUCUACAAAAACAAGAAGUCUCACGAGCAGCUGUCGGCUCUGAAAGGAAGCUUCUGUCGGAACCAGUUCCCGGGCCAGAGCGAGGUGGAGCAUCUGACCAAAGUGACCGGCCUCAGCACCAGAGAGGUGCGCAAGUGGUUCAGCGACCGCAGGUACCAUUGCCGGAACCUGAAGGGCUCCAGGCCCGUGCUGCCGGGUGACCCCGGCCCCGUCAUCCUUGACCCUGGGCCAGAUGUACCCUUCACCCCAGUGGCCAAAGCCCCUGAGGGGCCCUGCGUCCCGCCGGCGGCUGCCCUGGCCAGCCCCCCUUCUGCCAGACGGCAGGCCUGGCACCAGACCCCCGACUUCACGCCGACCAGGUACAAGGAGCGAGCCCCCGAGCAGCUCAGAGCCCUGGAGAGCAGUUUUGCACAAAACCCCCUUCCUCCUGAUGAGGAGCUGGACCGCCUGCGGACUGAAACCAAGAUGACCCGGAGAGAGAUUGACAGCUGGUUCUCGGAGAGACGCAAGAAAGUGAGUGCCGAGGACACCAAGAGGGCCGAUGAGGGUGCUGCUCCAGAGGAGGCGACAGCUGCCGAGGACGAGGUGGGGGAAGAGGAGCUGGCCUGCGACCUGAGGGUCCCUGGCGGAGGCGGCUCCCCAGAAGGGGCUGGCGGUCACACGCUGGCCGAGCGCAAGGUCAGCCCCAUCAAAAUCAACCUCAAGAAACUUCGAGUCACCGAAGCCAAUGGCAAGGGCGAGCUCCCGGGGCUGGGUGCCAGCGAGCCCGGGGAUGGUGGGCUUGGAGAGCCGGCCGAGCAGCCCCCAGGCAAGGCGAGCUGCAAGAAGACGGCCCAGCAGCGGCACCUGCUACGGCAGCUCUUCGUGCAGACGCGGUGGCCCAGCAACCAGGACUAUGACUCCAUCAUGGCACAGACGGGCUUGCCGAGGCCCGAGGUGGUGCGCUGGUUCGGGGACAGCAGGUACGCCCUGAAGAACGGCCAGCUCAAGUGGUACGAGGACUACAAGCGGGGCAACUUCCCCGCAGGGCUGCUGGUCGUCACCCCCCCGGGCAGCCGGGAGCUGCUGCAGGACUACUACCUGAGGCACCAGACGCUGUUCGAGCAGGACCUGCAGAGCCUGUGCGACAAGACCCAGAUGAGCUCCCAGCAGGUCAAGCAGUGGUUUGCCAAGAAGAUGGGCGAGGAGACCCGCACUGGGGCGGACACCAGUGGUGAGGACCAGGGCACCGGCGAGCCCGCAGCGGUUCACAGAGGGACGGGUGACACGUACUCAGAGGUGUCGGAGAACAGUGAGCCAUGGGAGCCCAGCGCCCCCGAGGCCAGCUCGGAGCCCUGUGACACGCCAAGUCCCCAGGCUGGACUAGAGCUGGAAACAGACUGAAUUUAACUGAUUACACUGAAGGACUGGACAGUCUGGGAUGCCCCGUACCACGUGAAAGGGCUCAGCCCGACUCUCUGCUGCCACAUGCUGUUCCACGCCCGCCGCUGGGCACGCCCGAGAGCUUCUGGAGGCCUCGCCACCAGCCGGGGGCCCGCCGCCACCUUCGGCCUGCCACCACCGAGCGAGCCAGCGGGGAGAGCAGCAGGGUCCCCGUCCGUUCUUCCUCCCACAGUGUAGGACAUCUCCUUUGCCUUCCAGUGGAUAAAAUAGUUCAGAUUUCAUAUUCAUAGACACGAAUCAAGUUUUUAACAUAUAAAUCCGCCUAUACACAUUUAAUAAAAUGUCAGAUUGUAAACACUUUCAUUACACAGAAACUUUGGUUAGCAAGCAAUACGUUGCCGUCUACAUCAUCUCUGAACGUGCCCGCGUCUGUUCUCUGGAGAACCCUGGGGCCACGCGUCCCCUCGGCGGUGGGCAGGGGGCACCUGCCCACCCAGAGGCGUCCCCGUGUGCUCCUUCACCAGGGCAGGGCCUUUGAAGAGGCCUCUGCCAUCACGCUGGGCUCGCGUUGCCCCGCGACAUGACAAUCUGGGUGCAGGCGCCGGCCCCUGCGGUUUGAGCGGGGCCCACGAGCGUGGCGGCGUGUGCCCGUCCGCUUGUAAGUCCUUACAGCCCUCUCAUCUCUCACGGGCGUCGGGAGCACGGACCAGAACUUUUCACGUGUCAGAUCAACUUAGACGUUUGUUUUCAAGCCUGAUGUACUGGCCUGCGUGCCCACGGUUUUGUUUUUGUUUUUAAUCUAGAUGUGUUGAGGAGGAGAGGGAAACUGAGACAAAGGGGGCUGAAAGCCGAAGUGCGUGGCCCCGGCAGGUGGCUUUGGCCGCUGUGGUUUUCAGAGCCCUUGACCCACACUCGCUUCAAGGCUGCCUUUGGUUUGGGAAGGAAGACCUGCACUCGGCCAGUAGUAAGAGUGAGAGCUGCCGGGAUCUGGGGGCUCGGGAGUCCUCAGAGCUGAGGUGCGCUUGCACGUGGGGGUUCCUAGAAGGACGCCCGGAGUACUCAUGGCCCCCACGCCCAGGGCCUGGCUGGGUGCCGGACACCACCAGGCGGGUCCUUGUGACAAUGUUUUUCAAGUCCUGCAUUUCUGCCCCCAAACUUGGAAACAAAAUCUCUGUCAUCUUUAGCCUAAUCCUCCUACCCAUUUGUUUAAACAUUUUUUUGUUGUUGUUUUUGGAGGAAAUCACAGGAAAAGGUGCUUUUGAAACACUGGGGAACUUUCUUACAAAGCUGUACUACAUGGUAAAUCCUUAUUUCCCCAACAUGGGCUGCUCUGAGAGCCGCGGGGAAGGGGGGUGCACACAGACUUCCCAUCACACACACUUCUCACCUUCUGGGGACCACCUGCUUCUGAAAGCACCAAGACCUCAUGCGCAUGCUCCUCCGGGGCCCAGGCUGGGUGAGCGGCAGGGCCUUUGGGCAAGAAGUCCUGGUGGUGGGCUGGGUGCCGUCCUUCUCCCCAGCCCCACCCGGGAACUGACCUGGGCAGGGCACCGCACUGGCUUGGUUCCAGGGACUGAGGAUGGUGGUGGCGUCUCUGCCUUCCAGGAGAGGGGCUUUCUUUGCAAACCAAAAGCCCUUGAGCCCCUGUUCUUCUACUAAAGUUUUCUCUUCCUCUCCCCGGCCCUGUAGGGACCACCUCCCAGUUGUUAACAUGUGAGUACUUGGCAGGUUUUGCCCCCCCGAGUUUGCAUCCUUUCCAUGUGAGCGUGGAGCUCUGUAGCCCCAGAGGCCUGUUUGCAGAAUUGCCAAGAGUGGGGAGUGCUUCUUCCUUCAGAGAACAGACACCUGGGAUUUCUCCUUUAGUGUUUAUGUACAUGCAGAUUAAUUUAUAUGUACACAUAGAUACAGGACAGAUACUCACUUUGAUACUUUACUCCGAAGAUGCACAUCUGAGGUGUGCACCUGAGGAACCUAGUGGCACGUGGGGGCUGGGGAAAGCAGCCUGUGUUGAAGGCCGUGCUGGGACCCCGGCUGCAGCUGGGGUGACCCGGCCGGAAGCCAUCAGUCUCGGAGACCCCACCCUGCAGGCCCUGCUCCCGGAGUCCUGCACGUGCUGGCCGGAGGGUUGUCUUUAGAGACAAUUUUCUUGGUUAUUUAAUGUGUGUUCAUGUUUCAUUUACAACCCAAACAGCAGAACAGAAAAUGAGCUAAAUGGUAGACAAGUUGGUGCAGGACACAGGGACCCAAACUCAGCACCAGCCUGUGUGAAUGGCGGGGAAGCUGCCGUGCUGCCGCCUGGACGUGUUCUUCUCACGUUCGCUCUUCCAGCGGCCGGGCCGCCCUGCACACGACAGGACCGCCCAGGUGAGGACCCCGCACGCCAGCCGGUCCCUCUUCCUCACUGUGCCCUCGGACCGGAUUGGAGAGUGGGGUUGGAGCCUCAAACAAUGAAAGAUGAAAGCAAGAGAAAUGGGUCCCCCCAGGGGACGCUGCGACAGGUGCGCAAGGCUUUGGGAGCUCGGGGAACACAGCCAACCCGGCACGCGGAAACAUGCUGGCCGGGAGUCGGAACUGCACCCCGUGCUGGGGCCGUGGGACUGCCGCUGUCGGCCCGUGUUCUGUUGUGAGACAAAUCACUGCGGUUUUGCACACCACCUGAGGGCAUCUGUGAGGUCGCCUCCAGUAAGAAGGCGCUCUGGGCUGUAGAGCUGAGAGAGGUGGGACAGGGUUUCAUAAGGUGACUCGUCUUUCCCCUCUUCUCCCUACGCACUUGGACUUGUCAGAGAUAGUAAAAUCUUUCGGUGUUUCUUGUU